AUGUAUGACUUUAUCAUAGCCAUAGACUUUGGCACUGCAUACAGUGGAUAUGCCUUCAGUUUGACACCCAAAGGGGCAGAAAUAGAUCCCAUCAUGAGGAAGUGGGGUAAAGAACUCGGACUGGACACUGUAAAGAAUCCAACCUGCAUUCUGUUCAAUGAAGACAAAGAAUUUAUCAAGUUUGGUUAUGAAGCUAAAAACGCAUAUGUCAGGAUGCGAGGAGAAGAAGCAAAGAAAAGCUACUUCUUUGAAAACUUCAAGAUGGCAAUUUUUGGUAAAAGAGUCAGCAGAAAUGUGGAGAUUACAGCUGCAAACAGGAAGUCAAUGAAGGCCUUGAAGGUGUUCACAGAAGCUCUGAGAUACCUGAAGGAGGACGCUCUGAAAACCAUCACAGAGAGCAGAGAAGGGAGGACGUUCACGGCCUCUGACUUCACCUGGGUGCUGACUGUACCUGCCAUCUGGAAUCCUUCAGCAAAGCAGUUCAUGAGAGAAGCUGCGACUCAGGCAGGAAUUGUUAAAGAAGGAACUCAACACCACCUGAUCAUCGCACUGGAACCAGAGGCAGCCUCAGCCUGGUGUAAGAAGCUGCCAGCUGAUGGCUUCAUCACUCAGAACCAUUGUGGAGGAUCACUGGAUCAGUGUCCAGGAACACAGUUCAUAGUGGUGGACUGUGGAGGUGGAACCAUCGACAUCACAGUUCAUGAAGUCCUGGAUGGAGGAGCCCUGAAGGAGCUGCACAAGGCCUCAGGAAAUGAUUUGGGGGGACAAACUGUGGACAGGAAAUUCAAAGAGUUCCUCAGAGAAAUCUUCAGUGAUGGUGUCUGGGAUGAAUUUGAAGAAAACUUUCCCAGUGAGGUUCAGAGGAUAAUGUAUGAUUUUAUGUUUCUCAAACAGUUAGAUGAUGAUGUUCAGAUAGUGUGUCCAUUUAAUCUGGGAAAACUGGCUCAAAGAUGGCAGGAAACAGAAAAGUUCUUUGAAUCAGUGCGAGGUGCUUCCUGGGAUGAAGGAUCCAUCAAAAUCUCCAAAGAGAAACUGAGGUCUUUCUUUGCUGAGAGUCUGAAGGGCAUCACUGACAGUCUCAAAGAAAUCCUGAAGAAACAUCUAAACAUGGAGUAUAUUCUGUUAGUGGGGGGCUACGCUGAAAGCCAGAUUCUACGGCAACAUGUUAUUGAUCAGUUUGGUGAUCAGUGUAAAGUCCUGUGUCCUUGUAAGCCCCAGGAAGCGAUCCUGAGGGGAGCUGUGGAGUUUGGAAGAAACCCAGCAGUGGUGGCAUCUCGAAAAUCUGCCUUUACUUACGGGUUUGCUGUAGCUGAGAAUUUUGACCCGUCCAAACAUAGGGUAGACAAGAAGUUCAUAGGAUGUCGGGGGGAGGUUUGUUGUGAUAUUUUCAGGAAACUGGUGGAAGAAGGUGAAGAUGUGGGCUGGAAUGAAACCAGAGAGGUCAUCUUAAUUCCCUCAGAAGCAAAUCAGACAAGUAUGAAAAUCAGUCUUUAUCGUACAGAGAGGAAAAAUCCAAAGUAUGUGGAUGAAGUGGGAGUGGAGGAAAUUGGUUUGUUCCAGGUUGACAUGCCUUAUACUUCAAUCAGUCAGAAAGUCAAACUACAGCUCAGGUUUGGCUCCACAGAGAUGACAUCCACAGCCGUUGAUUUGGUUUCUGGGUUAAAGCGAUCAGUAAAGCUUGACUUCAUGACCAGAUAA